AGGUGGGAGACUAUGUGGGCGUUUGUGACAAACUGUCAGACAAUGGAUUGAAGCGACUAAGAUGGAGAGUAAAUAGCAGCUGGUUUUCUUAAACCCACCGCACCCCAAGGUUUGUUUAGUCUCAGAACUGCCCCCCGCGUGUCUCUUUACAAUUGGCUGCCAUUGCCUUCUUUAGCACCCAAUGUCAGCCACAUCUCGCUGGCCAGUCUCUUCGACCCCCCUCCCGAGGACCGCAGCCGGCGUCUCCACUCAGACUUGUUGUCCAUUAUGUGUCACCUACAGCUGAGGACUCUGGUUUUUGGUGCGUGGGUGCUGGCCUACGUCGCCUUCCUGCUCUCCGUCAGGAGGAUGUGGACGGGGAAGUACGUCCGCAGUCCACUCGUCCGCUCGCUGUUUGCGAACAUGGCGAGCGACAGCGAAGCGACGGAGACACAGGAGUGGUACCAGUGCUCUCCUGACCUUCUCGGAGAAUCUUUGAGGCCCCUGUUCGUCCAGAGCCACCUGGACUCGGACACCAAGGCUUUUCUCAAGCGGAGUGUGGAGAAGUCUGGCUGGCUGUUCACCCAGCUCUACCACUCGCUCGUAUCAACUGUCCUCAGCGCUCUGGUCUCACGCACCUCCAUCAAUGGGUUUCUGGGCCGUGGCUCCAUGUUUGUGUUUUCCGGGGAGCAGUUCCAGCAGCUGCUCCAGAUCGACCCGGAGUGGAGGGCUGAGAGACUGCUGGACCUCGGGGCCGGGGAUGGGGGCGUCACAGAGGUGAUGGGGAAACAUUUCAAAGAGGUCUAUGCAACUGAGGUGUCAGCACCCAUGAAAUGGCAUCUGCAGAGGAGGAAUUACAAAGUGCUGGGCAUAGACGAGUGGCCACAGACCGGUUUCCGCUAUGACGUCAUCAGCUGUCUGAACCUGCUGGAUCGUUGCGACGAUCCUCUGCAUCUCCUGCGUGACAUCAAGCGAUCGCUAGUGCCCAACACAGGGAGACUCAUCCUCGCUGCCGUGCUUCCCUUCCAGCCGUACGUGGAAGUCGGAGGACGGUGGCAGCGUCCCACAGAACACCUAAAAGUAAAAGGAAAGACAUGGGAGGAGCAAGUGACAAACAUGUCCGACAAGGUUUUCCGAAGGGCGGGGUUGGAGGUGGAGGCUGUGACUCGGCUGCCGUACCUCUGCGAAGGAGACAUGUACAAUGAUUACUAUGUUCUUGAUGAUGCAGUUUUUGUUCUCAGGGCCUCGGAAAAUGGUGAAGAGUCUUCUCAGUGAAUACCAAGUCCACUGUGGGACAGAAGCCCCUUAACUUUACCUUGGAUGGACUUUAGUGCAAUUUUCACAAGCUUCAUUCAUAAAACAUAGUAUUUCUGACUUGUUCAGAAAGUGUGAGUCAGGCGUGAAGCUCAGGUUCCGUAGCUCCUACAUUUACCAGCCAUCUUGUGUGACAGUGAUACCUCUACCCUUUAAGCCAAAAAAAAAAGUGAGUGGCAAUUUGCCUCUAUUGAAAUACCACUGAAGAUCAUAUCUUCAGACACAUAUCACCAUAUUGUACUUGUUAUUUGUGAAAAGUGUUUACUGUAAGCGUUUUUUCCUUCUGUAAUAAUACUGUGAAGAAUCAUAGAUGAAUAUUUUUGUUGACUUUUUACUUUCAUUAAUUCUAAUACAAAGAACCAGUGUAAGCGCACAUACUUGAUUUGACCAACCAUGUGUUUAAAUGCUGCAUCUUUUGAAUCUUGAUAUUAAUGAUAGCAGGAGUAAUAUGAGGCCUUCUUGAAGCGAGCCUGUGUAACUUAUCAUAAACAGCAGUUAAGUGACGAGAAUGGAAUAAUGUUAACAGCUGUAUUAAGUUGUCUCUCAACUAACUCCUGAGAAACAUAUCGGGCUCUUAAGCUGCUAAAAAUCAGCACCAUUUUCCACAUAGUUGCUAAAUUUGUAUGUCGUUUUAAGAUGAUAACAGCUCACUGCUGCAGCUGGAAAUCAAACCAUCAUUAACAGUCCAAACUAGAAUGGCACUCAGUAUUGUACGUUCCUCCACUGAGGCCCAACAGUCCCUGUAAAUUCUGCCUAGCCGCACCAAAUUGCACACACUCAUAGAUAUAAUAAAUCCCCUAAAUAUGUCAGAUUAUCCCCUGGGAAAUCUGAAAAUAUCCCCCCAAAAACUUCUUGCAAUAUUAAAGAAAGUUUCCUGGAACCACACUAAAAAAAAUUUAUGGGCUCUUUCUUGGCCCAUGCCCCAUCCUUCCACCAGGUUUUGUGGAAAUCCAUUCAGAAGUAUUUUUUAAUGUUAUCCUGACAAACUAACGAUAAAGUCAACAAACUUUACAGAGCAGCAUCUAGCUAGUCAUCUUAAACUACUGGUCACACCAGACUGACUAAGGCUGUUGCAGUUAAUCCCUUGACCCAAUUGAAUUUUUAAACCAUGAAGGGUCUUAUGUGUUUUAUAGCUUAUGAACUUGACGUUUGAGUUCUAAGUGGGAGACUUUGUUUCUUCCAAAAGUUACACAUUCUCCCUUGAAGUCAUUGUUGUGCACCUACUAUGUUACUGCACGGCAGACGAUUCCAAAUGUGCCACAAUUAAUGGAACAUUUUGUAUGGAGAUAAUGAUAUUGGCUCCAGAAUAAAAAACAUUUCAUUCUA